AUAAACCCUAACCCCUAUUUCCCACCCAUUUUCUCUCUCUCUCAAACACUGUCAGUCCUUUUCCCUCCUCCCCAUUUCCAAACCCUAACCCUAACUUCCCCAGACCUUCUCAAAACCCCUUUUUCAUCGAAAAUGUUGGAAUUACGGCUUGUUCAGGGAAGUCUGCUGAAGAAGGUUCUAGAAUCAAUUAAGGAUCUGGUGAACGAUGCGAACUUCGAUUGCUCUGCCACCGGGUUCUCUCUGCAGGCCAUGGACUCCAGCCAUGUGGCGCUGGUGGCGCUGCUGCUCCGAUCUGAGGGUUUUGAGCACUAUCGUUGUGACCGUAAUAUUUCAAUGGGGAUGAACCUUGGUAACAUGGCUAAAAUGCUCAAAUGUGCGGGGAAUGAUGACAUCAUCACCCUCAAGGCUGACGAUGGCAGUGACACCGUCACUUUCAUGUUUGAAAGCCCCACCCAAGACAAGAUUGCUGAUUUUGAGAUGAAGUUGAUGGACAUUGACAGUGAACAUCUUGGGAUUCCAGAAGCAGAGUACCAUGCUAUUGUUAGAAUGCCUUCUUCAGAGUUUGCUAGAAUUUGCAAAGACCUUAGCAGUAUUGGUGAUACAGUUGUAAUUUCUGUGACAAAGGAAGGUGUAAAAUUCUCAACCAGAGGUGACAUUGGUACUGCAAAUAUCGUUUGCAGGCAGAAUACAACUGUUGACAAGCCUGAAGAAGCCACAGUAAUAGAGAUGAAUGAGCCAGUAUCUUUGACUUUUGCCCUGAGAUACCUGAACUCUUUCACGAAAGCAACUCCUUUGUCCAACACAGUGACCAUCAGCUUAUCUUCAGAGCUUCCUGUUGUUGUUGAGUACAAGAUUGCUGAGAUGGGAUAUAUAAGGUUUUACCUGGCACCUAAGAUUGAAGAGGAUGAAGAGGAAACCAAACCUUGAUUUUAUGUUUCUGCUUUCUUUUGAACUUGGAUUGUUGGUUGGGGGGGGGGGUUAAAUUUUCUGUGAUGAAGCUCAUUUGAGGUUUUCAGGCAAGCAGUAUGUAGUUUAGACUUGCUAGACAAAUUUUUAGGUUUGUGUUAAUUAAUGAAAUCGUGUAUUUCCCUCUUUUUAACUCUUUUUCUAUUCUCUUGCCUGCAUCCGAUGCUUGAAUGUGGUAAACCUACUUCAUUGAAUUUACAGUUUCUUGUUCA